CCUUGGAACAAGAUGUGCAAGGGACUGGGUCUCUGUUGCGGCCUCCUGUCACUCGGCGCCUUCAUCUCCUGCUUUGUGACCCUGCACAUGCUGAACAAGAUCAUCCACAUCCAGUUGGACGCCGCCCUUCAUGUCAGCAUCGAAUUGGAGGCCAACGAAGCCUCCGGCGCCCGCUGCCAAAGGACCCUGAUCGUGGACAAUCCGGAUGCACCGCAUCUCAGCUGGCUGGAGCUCUUCUACAUGCGCUGGACGGUGGUGUUCACGCUGAUCUACUCCUUCGCUGCCACGCUCCUCAUCCGGGCCAAGUACUUGGGCAACUUUCAAAUUAACAUGGCCACCUCCAAUGCGAUGAUACUGAUGGGAUCUCUGCUAUCGGUGGUGCUGCUGGUGGCCACUGUUGUCCUCCAUCAUCGCGAGCCCUUCAUGGAUCUGUGGUGCAACGACUUUAUCGUCUACCAUCUGUACUACAUCGCCCUAACCACCGCGUCAUCAGUGGUUUUCUUCCUGGCCCACUUCUGCCAGGAGCACCUCAAGUUGCCACAGCCGCAUGCGGAUCGAGGCAUGCGGAUCUGAGUGGGUAAACUGCAUCAUUCCAUGGUUGGAACCACUGCAUCGUUUACAACCAGCCUUAAAAUACCAGGCAAUGUAGUGGAGUAAUACAUCAUGUUUUAAAAUUACUCCAACAAAAUCCAUGGAGAUUAUCAUUUAAGCACGAAACCAAAGUAUUUCAAAAUAAAAAACAGUAUCCCAGAUAAAAUCUGAAUAAUAAUACCAAUUGCCUCUAAUUUGUUUCUGUUACAAUUUUCUAGUGAUUUUAAAACAGCUAUUUAUUUGCCUAACGUGUGCCACCAAUAUUAAAUUUCUACUUAAAUUCCCUACAAAGACCAUCGAUAUCGCUAGCCGUAUCAAUAAAAAUGCACUAAGGUUUUAUGUAAUUUGAUUUUUAUUCAAACAAUUUGCUUUCAUUUGGUUGGUUGGUUUGUUUUCUUAUUUUUGUUUGUUUGUAGUUUAUUUGAGUGUUGACUGCAGUUCAGGAAAGGCAUAUUCACGUUCCUCGAAGUUUGCUUUUGCUUAUUUUGUGUAAGAUUUUGAAACUAGGGGCUAAACGUUAAACUAAAUACAUCAAAUGAGUUGUUGUCGUUUUUAUGUUUUGUGAGGCCUUUAGCUAAAUAUGCGAAACGUUCGGAUAUCAGAAAUCGCCAGUUCAGGUGCCCCUAAAACCAGCUCAUUCAAAACCUAGAGCUUCGGAAUAACCCUGGUACAUAAUUUAUUGCUUGAGAUGUGAAGAUGGGGCAAACAAUCUCAGAACUUAAGUAGACCUCCCUCUUCCUCUCCGCUUCUCUCUUCUCAAUAUAUAUAUAUAUAUAUAUAUGUAUAUAUCCUUCGUGUAUAAAUCUAACUUUAGGUUUUUUUUUUUGCUUGCAAUUUAUGUACUUAAAACUAGUUUCAGGGAUUAUAGGGAAUUAUAAAUCUUAGUGGGUACAGGUUAGCCAGCUAGACGGUAAUUGAUUUAUCAUACGGUAGUCCUACUUAUUCCGAUUCUCGCCCUAUUAUAGACUUUUGUGGACUCUCCCUCCGAAUUACCAUGGAUUGUGGUGGAUUGGGGGCUAGCACGAUUUGGUAAGGUAAUUUCAUCUUGCUUUUCGUAUUGGAUGCGAGACCUUUAAGGUUCGCUCUGGCCUGACUCGAUCUCCGCUAACGCAAAUUUCUCUCUGCGAUCUUAGGAUCUAAUAAAUAAAUGUUUCUUGGUUUUCUUUUCCAUGUAUUUUUUUCUUUUUUUUUUUGUAAUAGACUUUUUUCUGUUUGAUUUAAUAUUUAUUUAUCCGUUUUGUUCUCUGCUUAAUGCAAAGCUUAUUCGCCAUCUAUCAGUUAUUUAUUUAUUAUGUUGUAUAUAAUUAAUUGUUGGUAUAAUGCAGUCUUUACGGCAAAACAAAAACAGAAUUAUGCUAUUUGAUUUCUUAAUUUGUUUUUUCUUAGUUAUCAUCGAUACUUGCAUCAUUUCAUUGUUCUCAUUAAAUACAUAAUAAUCAAAAAUAUAUCUGUAUACUAUAUUAAUAUUUAGUUUUGCUUUUUUAAAGU